AAUGAUCCCUCUUCCAGCAGCCAAAGCUCCCGGUGCAGCCCAGCGCGGCAAGGCCCAGCACCCUCCAACCCUGCAGAUGGUCAAAGAGGCGCUGCGGGCCCACGAUGAGAAGAAGGGAGCCUCUGUCGUGGCCAUCAAGCGCUUCAUCCUGGCCAAGUACCCCAGCGUGGACCCCAUCCGCCUCAAGUACCUGCUGAAGCAGGCACUGAGCAAGGGGCUGAGCUGCGGGGAGCUGGUGCGGCCCCACAACUCCUCUGCCGUGGGGGCCACGGGCACCUUCAAGCUGGCGCGCCAGAGGCCGCAGCACAAGCAGCAGCCGGGCCCGGCGGACCCUGAGGGAGGCCAGGCCCCACAGCCAGUGCAGAAAGGGACCAGCAAGGGCCCCGUGGCAGGAGCACAGCAGCAAGGUGCCACCAAGCAGCAGCCAGCAGCCACCAGGAAGGCCAAGGCCGUGAAGGCCAAGCCUCGAGCAGCACAGAAGCCCAGGAGUGAUGGAGCAAAGCAGCCCCAGGCUCGUGGCAAAGGGCCUGCAGGGCUCCCAAAAGCUGCCAGCUACCGCCAGGCCCCCCGAAAAGGACACUCAGGACCCAGCACAGCCCUGGCUGCUGAGAGUACGGGGGAGAGUGACAGCGACAGCAGUGACAGCAGCGAUAGCUCUGCCAGUCCUGGGGUGAAGGGGCCCCGAAAGGCCCCCAGGGCAAAAAGCAAGGGGAAGGUGCCCAAGGGGGCCCAGCAGAAUGCCCCCAAGGCACAGGGAGCUCAGGCAAAGAAGCCCCGGGUGACUCCAGGAGCUGGGCAGGGGAAGAAGGUCAGGCCCAAGAAGGCAGCUCCUGUGGCAGCAGAGAAAAAGGCUCCAUAGCGAGCUUAUGGGUCUUGGGGUCUGGGCUGGUUUCAGUCCCUAGGACAGGUUUUAACUCUGUGUUCACCUCAUUCUAAUAAAGUUUCUUCACUUGCUUCAUGGAGUGCCAUGACUGCUGUGGGUCUCUGACACCCCUGAGCUGUGUCCUCAGCCUGCACAGCAUGGUGGGGAGCUGGUGCUGCAGUACCUGUGCAGAGGUGCUCUCUCUGUGCCCAUGUGUCCCCAGCCGUGCUGCCAAGGGGCUGCUGGGUUUGGGGGCAGUGUGUGUGCAGACUGACAGUGUGCCAGGUGAUGGGCAGGGACCCAGCACGGUGACAUGCCCAGGCACAGAGAAGCUCAGGCUUGGCUGCUGCUGUGUGGAGCCCACAGCCUGUGUGAGGUGUCCAGCCCUCUGUUGUCCUGGCUGCCCUUGUGCUAAUGCCUGGCUGAGCUGGGAUUACAGGAGCACCAGGGUGGCAGCUUGGGGUGCAUGUCAUGGGCAAGUGUCUCCCAGCAGAGGUGAUGUAGCUUGUGCUUUAACUACAGUAAGAGGAAGAUAGAGGUGUCUUAGGGCUCAAAAACCAAGUUUGGGAUGCUACUGUAGCCUCCAGCACAGCUCUUGCUCUUAUUACCAGUCUGUAGCAGAGUUCCCACCUACAAACUUGUCUUGUGAGCUCUUGUGGGUCAGUGUAUCAUGCUUCCAUUUAAUAGCCUCAAUUGCCUGACUUUCUCUUGCUCUGCCCAGAGCAGGGCCCUUCUGAAGGUCAUGCUGAUUGUGUAAAGGGUUACAUUCCUCCUGGGUGGGAGAAAUUAAGUGGAAGUAAAACUCUCUCUAAAGAGGAUUUUGUUAAUCUGCAACUGGCCUUGCCACUGCCCUCCAAGGCUCCUGGCCUUGCUUUGAGGCUUAAGCAAGAGCUGAGCAAACU